GAAGGGACAGCCCCCGGGAAGGGACAGCAAGGUCUGCAGCCGGGGCAGGGUCAGAGGGGCGGCGUCUCAAGCCCCCUCCGUCCGCCGGCGCCGCCGCCUUGCCCCGUCCCGUUGUGCCGCGGGUGUCGUUAAACGGCAGAGCAGCAGGGUUGGUUCCCGGGUGGGUGGGUGGCUGCCACGCUGCCAAAGUUUCCCGGCGUGUGGGUGACACGAACGUUUGUCGUUAAGCAGGAUGGAUCCGAGCCUGCUGAGGGAGCGAGAGCUGUUCAAAAAGCGUGCCCUCUCCACGCCGGCCGUAGAGAAGCGUCCAGCGCCAUCUUCUGACUCCUCUGCCAAAAAGAAGAAAGCAAAGGUAGAGCAGGGGAGCUCCUCAGGCUCCAAGCAGAACACAGAUCACAGCAAUGGAUCAUUUAACUUGAAGGCCCUUUCAGGAGGCUCUGGCUACAAGUUUGGAGUCCUUGCUAAAAUAGUGAAUUAUAUGAAGACUCGGCACCAGCGGGGCGACACGCAUCCCUUAACCCUAGAAGAGAUCUUGGAUGAAACACAGCAUUUAGAUAUUGGACUCAAACAGAAACAAUGGUUAAUGAGUGAGGCUCUAGUCAACAAUCCCAAAAUAGAAGUGGUAGACGGGAAGUACGCUUUCAAACCCAAGUAUAACUUGAAGGAUAAAAAGGCUCUGCUCAGGCUCUUGGACAAGCAUGACCAGCGAGGGCUGGGAGGAAUCCUUUUAGAAGAUAUUGAAGAAGGGCUACCCAAUGCACAGAAAGCUAUAAAGGCUUUAGGGGACCAGAUCAUCUUUGUUAAUCGCCCUGAUAAGAAGAAGAUUCUUUUCUACAAUGACAAGAGCUGCCAGUUCACUGUGGAUGAAGAAUUUCAGAAGCUGUGGAGGAGCAUUCCCGUGGAUUCUAUGGAUGAGGAGAAAAUUGAAGAGUAUCUGAAACGACAGGGGAUUUCUUCCAUGCAAGAAACUGGACCAAAGAAAAUAGCUCCUAUUCAGAGGAGGAAGAAGCCAGCUUCUCAGAAGAAACGCCGGUUUAAGACUCACAACGACCACUUGGCUGGAGUAUUAAAAGAUUACUCUGAUGUCGUUCCUGGCAAGCAGUGACCAGCUGAGUCCUGGAGCAAAUGUGGCUUUUAUUCAGGCUUUUUGCCACCCAGGCUCAGUGUCUGCUUGCAGAAAGACUGACUGUACAUAGUUAUGUGAUGUGUUUCCCCCAUCCCAGCAGCACCAGGUCGGUGUAAGAGAGAGUUUUGAACUCCUACAUGUAGAGUUUAAUUUAACUGGCUGAUGGGAAAUGUGUCUUUAAGAGGUUCUGGCUACUCAGCCUCUUGGCAUCGAAUGCUAAAUGGUGCUGAGCAUGUAAGGCAGGGGUUCCUGUGCAGUGCUUCACUCUGCUGAGUGGGUGUUCACCUGGAAUUGCUUACCAGGGGCUUCCUAGCAGAAUUCUGCAGAUUCAUUUGGCCUGUUUCAGGAGAACUUUUUCCUCAAAUUGCUGUGGGGAAGUUUCUUUUAACAGGCAAACACACCCACUGUUUUCUCCAGGCCGUGGGACUGAGCUUUACUGCACAGCAGUGAUAUCUGAGGCUCAAACUCAGAGACAAAGUCCCUCUCCUGAACUCCCAGCAGGCUGCCUCAUGGCAAUACAGCUGGAGCUUCCUAAAGCUCCUCACAACCUGCCCUCGGCGAUCUCUCAUCACUGUUGUGUUGCACAGUUCUCUGUGGGCAGGAGGGAAAUAAAAUGGCAGUGUAAUGCUGAAGCAAUUUUUUAUUAUUACUAUUAUUUGGAAAGUAAUAAACUUAGAACCAUAGAAUCA